AACCAGCGUCUGUUUACGAAAAGUCACGGGAACAGCAUGGAGCUACAGAUAAUAGAAAAUGUCAUACCGUGCUGCGAACACGGGGAACAGCCAGGAACAGCCGGACUUCACAGACUCACGAACCCGGUCCUCUUACAGUAUAUUAGGUUACAAUUGGUUGAUUGAUAUUUUGAUGCGUGGUGGUAGUUAUGCAACUUCCCUUAGUCUGUAUGAAUUAAGAGCUUCUGGAUUUAUGCUCUGGGACUCCUAAACGCGUGUAGCGGAGUAUUUUGUCAUCCGGGACCCAUCACCCAUACCGAGUUAAAACAAUGGCGAGGCGCAAAAGGCGCAACCUUCUGAUUUGUUGCGCGUAAACCCAGCCUGGGAUACAGAUAAGGCUACUGCGAUAUAACAGGGAAUCACGGCUACAAAAGCCAGUCGGAGCGAAAUGGACAGCCCGACCGAGAACCCAACCAGGGCUGCGGAAUAUUUGAAGGAGCUUAAUAACAUCAUCGAGACGCAGCAGGACUUGCUGGAGAGGCAGAGGGGAAGGAUAGAGGAGCUGGAGCAGCAAGUGUCCGACUUGUGCGCGGAGAACGCCUGCCUCAAGGAGCAGUACCAGCGGCACCUGGCAACUUGCAGGCUGCAGCAGGGCAGCAACAGCCUGAUCACACUGGGAGCCAUUCAGGAAAAUAUCACCCAAGAAAAGUCUGAAUGUGACGCUUCCAGAAUGGUCAGGAGACAUGCCUCUCUUCCUGUCGAGGUCACAGAGAAUCCUGGAAGCUUGGUGUCCGCCGGCUGCCGACGAGUCUUCCCCUGCCGCAAGUGGAAGUCUGCUUCCUUUGGUGUGGAAGGGGAUGGACGGCCCAAUGAGAGUGGCCCUUCCCUGGAUGGUGGAGCCAGUUAUGGCCGGGACCCAGUGACUCACGGCUCGGCCAUUAGCCCUGACCACUUUGACAGCCCCCUUUACAGCCACGGGGUCCAGCCGGGGCCUCAGAGACCCCGUCGGCCCAAGCUCCAGCACUCACAGUCCAUCCUCCGCAAACAGGCCGAGGAGGAGGCUAUCAAGCGCUCCCGCUCGCUCUCUGAGAGCUAUGAGCUCUCCGCUGACCUCCAGGACAAACAGGUGGAGAUGCUGGAACGUAAAUAUGGUGGGCGCUUCAUAACCCGGCAUGCGGCCCGCACCAUCCAGACAGCCUUCCGCCAGUACCAGAUGAACAAGAACUUUGAACGUCUCAGGAGCUCUAUGUCUGAGAACCGUAUGUCCAGACGCAUCGUUCUGUCUAACAUGAGGAUGCAGCUCUCCUUUGAAGGCCCUGAGAAAGUCCAUAGCUCCUACUUUGAAGGGAGGCAGGUGUCCAUGACGGAGGAUGGCACCCCAUUGUCCAUGGUGCAGUCUGAAUGUGGAGAUAUGGAGGUCCACCAACAGGCAAACUUGGCACCUCACCCAGCCACACAGGGUGAUCUGACGGAUGCCAUCACGGAGCUGGAGGAUGCCUUUUCCAGACAGGUCAAAUCUCUGGCUGAGUCUAUAGAUGAUGCACUGAACUGUCGCAGCCUUCAGGGUGAUGAGGGACCUGAUGCAGAGGCCAUGGGCUGCCCUGAGGUGGAGAGGGAAGCGGCCUAUCAGGUGAAGCCGCACCGCGGGGCAGCUGGACGCAUGCAUGAUGAAAUGUUGGCAUCCUACAGUGAUGUUACUCUGUUCAUAGAUGAGGAGGACAUGUCCCCCUCCAUUGCCCUGACGCGGUCAGGGGACCAGCCUUCCAGCACAGAAUCGGACUUACGGGUGCGUUCAGUCAACUCCUCUCAGGAGUACUGGCCCAUGGACACUAAAGACGAAGGUCGUGAUACGGACACAAGCUGCCGCAGCACUCCUUCUCUAGAGUGCCAGGAGCAGCGUCUUAGAAUGGACCAUCUUCCUCUGUUGACCAUAGAGCCGCCCAGUGACAGCUCUGCAGAGCUCAGUGACCGGUCAGAGCGCAGCUCUGUCAAACGGCCGCCUGUGUAUGAACCCCACACCCACAUUGUAACAUCAUCCCAGGCAAGCCCCAAACACAUUUCCCACGGACCCCCGCCACGAGCCCCCUCCCGUGACGACGAGGCACCCCUACGCCACCGCCACCGGCAGCUUGAGAGCCAUCUAGCCAUCAACGGCUCAGCCAACCGGCAGAGUAAGUCAGAAUCUGACUUCUCUGACGGUGACAACGACAGCAUCAACAGCACUUCCAAUUCCAACGACACGAUCAACUGCAGCUCCGAGUCCUCGUCCAGAGACAGCCUACGAGAGCAGACGCUCAGCAAGCAGACUUACCACAAGGAGACACGCAACAGCUGGGACUCGCCUGUCUUCAGUAAUGAUGUUAUCCGCAAGAGGCACUACCGCAUUGGCCUGAACCUCUUCAACAAGAAGCCAGAGAAGGGCAUCCAGUACCUGACUGAGAGGGGAUUUGUCCCUGACACACCAGUAGGCGUGGCUCACUUCCUGCUCCAGAGGAAGGGCCUGAGCAGACAGAUGAUUGGAGAAUUCCUGGGCAACAGACAGAAGCAGUUCAAUAGAGAUGUCUUGGACUGUGUGGUCGAUGAGAUGGACUUUCAGGGCAUGGAGCUGGACGAGGCCCUCAGGAAAUUCCAAAACCAUAUUCGUGUCCAGGGGGAGGCCCAGAAGGUGGAGCGCCUCAUCGAAGCCUACAGCCAGCGCUACUGCAUCUGUAAUCCCACCGUGGUACGGCAGUUUAGGAACCCCGACACCAUCUUCAUUCUGGCCUUCGCCAUCAUCCUCCUCAACACCGACAUGUACAGCCCCAAUGUCAAGCCUGAGAGGAAGAUGAAGCUGGAGGACUUUGUCAAGAACUUGAGAGGUGUGGACGAUGGGGAGGAUAUCCCGAGGGAGACUUUGAUCGGCAUCUAUGAGAGGAUCCGUAAGCGGGAGCUCAAGACCAAUGAAGACCACGUCUCACAGGUGCAGAAGGUUGAGAAGCUCAUCGUGGGCAAGAAACCAAUUGGAUCACUCCAUCAUGGCCUGGGAUGUGUACUGUCCCUGCCCCAUCGCCGGUUGGUGUGUUACUGCCGCCUGUUUGAAGUGCCAGAUCCCAACAAGCUCCAGAAGUUGGGCCUGCAUCAGCGAGAGAUCUUCCUGUUCAACGACCUCCUAGUGGUAACAAAGAUUUUCCAGAAGAAGAAGAACUCGGUGACGUACAGCUUCAGACAGUCCUUCUCUCUCUAUGGGAUGCAAGUCAUGCUGUUUGAGAAUCAGUAUUAUCCAAAUGGAAUUAGACUGACAUCAGCGAUACCAGGUGCGGACAUCAAAGUCCUCAUCAACUUUAACGCGCCCAACCCCCAGGACCGCAAGAAGUUCACAGACGACCUGCGGGAGUCCAUCGCCGAGGUCCAGGAAAUGGAGAAAUACAGAAUAGAGUCUGAGCUGGAGAAGCAGAAGGGCGUGGUGAGGCCUAGCAUGUCUCAGAGCUCCGGUCUGAAGAAAGAAGCUGGUAACGGGAGUAUGAACCGCGCCAGUCUGGAUGACACCUAUGCCAUGGGAGAAGGCCUGAAGAGGAGCGCCCUCAGCAGCUCCUUGCGAGACCUCUCCGAAGCAGGCAAGCGGGGGCGUCGCAGCAGUGCAGGAUCACUAGACAGCAAUAUGGAAGGGUCCAUCAUUAGCAGUCCUCACACUCGUCGGAGAGCCACCACCCCGCGUGAAGGCGCACCCCGCGGCCACCCCUCCAUCCCUAACUCGGCGUCGACUUCCAUCCUGGGGUCACUCUUCGGCAGCAAGCGAGGAAAGCCUUCAUCCCAGAGCCACCCUCCUCUUCCUCCGCACAGCCACCCCACCCUCAUAUCCCACAAGCCCCACCCUUCCAACCUCCACCACACAGCACAGGCAGCACACACAGUGCAGGCCACCCACCACGGCCACCACUCCCAGUACUGCCAAGUGCAACAGAACCCGCCACCUUACCACCAUCACCACCACUACCACCCUCCUCCCCACACACAGUACCACCAGCACCCGGGCUACACCUCACAUCCACAUCAACACACCCAUUCGCAGCACAGCCAUCACAGCCAGCAUUCCCAUCAUGUCUCGCACUCCCAGCAUGCUCCUCACCACCACAGUCAGCAACCAGGUUCAGCACCUGGCGGACCCAAACCCAAACACAGUGGCAUCAGCACCGUAGUGUGAUGUUCCUCACAAAGAGAGAGAGAGAGAGAGAGAGAGAGAGGGAGAGAGAGAGAGAGAGAGAGAGGGAGAGGAGAGAUACUGUGAGAGAACUUGAAUGAAGGAGGGACAAUUGCUUACACCAAAGGGACUGACCGCAUAAGUCUAUGGCCUGUCCACUGUGUUUUACUGCUGCUGUGACGGAGACGAAUCACAGGCAGUUACCUGUUUCCCCUCCAGCUCCCAACUAAUAUGCAGGAUGGAAAUCAGACUCAAAUCUUCCACCAGGGGCCUUUGCUAGCUUGCCUGAUUUUAGGCCUGGGUCCAUCAUGGUUUCAGGGGGUGUUCUGUACAGGAAGAUGCUCUUUAUUUUCCACAAACUCACACACUACCUGGCCGUGACGGCUGAAGAGAAAAUGGGUUUUUUUCUCACCGAGCCGCCUCUCCAUUGCUUCAUUAUUCCUCCAAUAGCCUGUCUUCCCUUCACAUAAUCAGAGGAAAGACAACCUGAGAAAGUCAUAAGAGAACGCGGCUGACCGCUUUCUCUGUCACAGCGACGGCAUAUUAUCAUGUACACAACCUUUCUGGAGUUAACUUUUGACACUGCUUUCUUGGGUUUGCAGAGCCUACCAUCAUUAAAGAAUGCUAUUUGUUGUUUCCUCCUGUAGAACUCAUAUGUAGUGGAAAAACCUAGAUAUAAUCAUUUCACACUAACUUGAUCAAUGGACAGGUUAACAGCUGAGCACACAGUCUCAGUCAUAGUAGUUCUAGUGCUGUAUUUACUGUAGAUGACAGCUAUAUGUGUUGUCUCUUAGCUCUCAUAAAUAAAUGUGCCAAUUAUUAAUGCAUAAUCUAUUUAGUCAAAACUUCAUGUACAGUAUAGUGUGCGUAAAGUAAUUUGUAAGAUUAUACUUACAACAAUUAUUAUUAUCAAUGAAAAUGAAUUUUAUCAGUAUUAUACUGACUCUAUGGUAACAGGAUACGUACAUCUGAGAGGAGUGAACUCCCAUUCAGUCCGGCCUAUAAUCUAUUCUGGAAUUUUUGCCUUUCAAAUGGAUCACCAAGAGCCUCUGGAUUGCAGCUGUAGCAUAUGGGCCUCAAAAGACUGGCUGUCAUAUAGUAAGCCUCAAAGUAGACAUUCCCUGGUCUACUCUGUGUAGGUGUUUCCUGUCUGUUCUCAUUGUGGGUGGCAUACGCUGGUCAGUGGGUCCCUUUAAUCUACGUUUACUACUCAUACUGUGGCUGCUCAAACUGUAUCAGCAAAUAAAGGUUAGCACAGCAAGGUGCAUUUUUUUUUUUUUUUUUUGGGAUACAAGUCACUUGUCGGCUCAAAACAUUGUGACUAUACUCGGAGGCUCAGUUCACUUAACAGAUGGACCGUGUUGCAUCGUCUGUUGCUUUGAACGUACCGUAUGCAACAGCUGCUUUCUUGACUCUUGAAAUCAAAAACAGUAACACCUUCAAAAUUUGCUUUUGCCUUGUUUAGUGUUUUUUUUUCUUUGUUUGUUUAAUUUAUUCACCAUCCACAGUGAGUGAAUAAAAUCAGUUCUUAUAUAGUGAAGGGUCUUUUUUUUUCAUCUUUUCUAAAUCAUAUGUGCAAUAUCUUUGUACUGAUUUUGUACAUUCAGAACAAGCAAGGUGUCCCUCUCCCGUUUGUGCAUUUUCAUGUUGUAUUGUUAUUUAUUUAUUUUGUUUUGACCCCUGUCAGUCUUUCUCAGUAAAUUAAUGUGUGGCUGUCCUCAUAGUCUUUUUGCGAGGUGCAGUCUUGGAGUUCAGUGGAAUGUCUAUUAAGUGAUUUUGCAUGUAAUGUUAUUGAUGUGAGGCUAUCCUCUGCACAUUGUAUAACAAAUCAGUGUUACCAUGGCAAGUUUAAGUGCAAUCAUGUUCAAAAAUGCAGACUUGGACUGAGAGUAGAAGUCUGUUAUCAUGUUGUCCAGGAAGAGAUUCAGGUGAAAAAGAAGAACUUUUUUUCAUUUCAGAAUAUAUAAAUACUUACUUACAGAGUUCACAGUGGAAAGAGGAAUGUGUGUAUAUAUUUUAAUAAAGGAAUAUGCUUCCCUUUGGGCUGAACAGAAAUAUUUUGCUGGAUAAGCACAUAUGAGAGAACACUUUCAUUUUUUCAGGAAAUGCAGUUAUAAUAUACAGCAGAAAUGCAAACUGAACAAAGGAACUGGGUAUAUGUAAAGAAUAAUAACUUUCUACAUUCUAUGAAUAAGAGUCUAUUAUAGUGUGUAAAUUAGUGACAGUAAACUGUUUGUCCCAAUAUUCAGGUUGUAAAUGUAUUUUAACAUUCACAAGGAAAAUCAUUGCCAUAAGUCAGGCUUACACUCACAUUUCUCUCCAUGUGAUUCUCAUAUUGUAAUUAUAGUAAGGAAGUACGUUCAGAAGAUAAACAUAUCUUAUACGGGACAUUAAUGAUCAGUUGAAUGUGUCUUUUUAUUAAUUUCAUAUUUCUGCUAAAAUUCUUAAAUCUUGGGAUGAUGUAAAACCAAGACAUUUGUUCUUUGUUUUUCUUAAUUUUUUUUUUCCUGUUGUGUGUUAUAGUGCUUCAAAUGUCCACAGUCAUUUUAGUGUGAGAAAAUACCCCAACAAUGCACUGCAUGGAUCUGAUGCAUCAUGUGUCCUAUUCACUGUGAGCUGAAAAAAAAAUCAGCCUGUAAAGUUUGACCUCUCUUUUGGUUUUGAUUAAUUUGGAAUUUUCUGAUGUUGAUCUUGCUCUUGCUGUUUCAUGUUACGCUGAUAGUUAUAGAAGCUCAGCAUGCAUUUCAUCAACAUAGCCAUUGUAUAAAGAACAAACAUAAAGACCAUUGCACUUCUGUUAGAUUGCUGAGGGCUUUCAUCGUGUAAAUAGGGGAUCUGAUGUGCAAACUGAUGAACUUCAUGGAAGGAGGGCUUAUCUUUAUGAAGUUGUAAAGGGACCAAGAUGGGGCUGAAAGGAGCUGUACAUACUGUGUAUAUGAUCAGUAUUCUAUUCUGAUAUCUGAAGUUAAGAUCAGGAUGUAUACACAUCACCUCAUUCGAGGGAUGAGAGGAGUAAUUAUGAACAUAUCGACUGUCUCUGCCUCCAAAAAUAGUGAACUGUCAUUUGCUGUAGAUAUCAAAACCAGACUGUUAGAAAGUUCGCUGUCAUUGACAUCCACAAAAGCUCUCUUUCACACAUGCAUCCCCUCCAUACACUCAUACACACACACACACACACACACACAUACACACACACACUCAGACACACAUGCACAUCCCAUCAUGCUGCAAGCUGUUCUGUCAGGCGUGAGACACAAUAUAAAAAAAAGGGAAAGACAAGAGUGGCCUCAUUUCUAUGUGCAUUCUGUUUGUACAGUGAGUA